AUGUCAAUGAAUAAAGGAAGGAAGGCGCAAACAAAUGAAGGGACUACGGUCAUCUCACUUCCCUGCCAUGCAGUUGGUCUGGCCACUCCUGACAGCUCUCUCCAUGGGUUCAAGGUGCAGCGAUUGCGUUCAGAUGCUCUGACCUCUAAGAGACGAGGGGAGAAGAGCUGUCGCCUGUGGAGCCCCGAGGCUGGGUUUCCUGUAGUUUCAGAGAGGCUGGUGUCCGGGCUAUGCACUGGGUCAGUGCACGAAGGUUCAAAUCCCAGCCCCACCCUGGGCCGCAUGAUUCGGGCCAAGCUUCCGAUUCUCCUGCCCAAGAGCAUGGAGCGUUUUCCCAUCCACCCAGCUGGCCAAAGCAAGAUCAGUGCCAACAGAAUUGACGCCCGGUAUCCAGAGGCCUUCAGCGUGCCUGGGCAUCUGAGCUCCUGGGAUCGGCCAUGA